AUGGAUAAGAGCUGGAUUCAUAUAAGGAAUAGGCUAGACCCUACCUAUAUACAAGGGUUGGAAAAGUUUAUAGAAUUUGCUUAUGAUAAAAAGCAUCCAGAUUCAAAGAUAUAUUGUCCUUGCAAGAAAUGUGUGAACCUUAUAUUUGGGACAAGAAGUGGCGUGAAAGAACAUCUAAUUAUAAAUGGAUUCAAUACUAACUAUACGAGAUGGACAAUUCAGGGAAAGUCUUUAGCUUCAUAUAGUAGAAAUGAAUCGGAUGCAAAUCAAAGCUCUUAUUUUCAAGAUGAUAUGAUUGGUAUGGUGCAUGAUGCAUUUGGAGUUCUAAGGCAAGAUGGUGGGAUUAGAGACAAUGAAGGACUUGAAAGUAUGGGGUUAGGGCCCGAUAAGGAGACUAAGAAAUUUUUUAAGCUGCUUGAAGAUGCACAACGUGAGUUGUACCCCAAUUGUAAGACAUUUACAGCUCUCUCUUUUACAACUCAUUUGUUGCACAUAAAAGUGCUUGGUGUUUGGAUUGAUACCUCAUAUGAUAUGCUAGUUGAGUUAUUGAGAAAAGCGUUUCCAGUUCGUGAAACCUUGCCCAGGUCAUUUGCUGAAGCAAAGAAGUUUAAUGAGGCUUUAGGCUUUAGUUACGAAAAAAUUGAUGCAUGUCCCAAGGAUUGUAUGUUGUUUUGGAAAGAUAGAAAGGGGCUGCGCAACUACAAAAAAUGUGGAACAUCACGAUAUAAAGAAUCUAAUGUCUUUUCAAAUGAUGGAACAGCCAAACUGACACAAAUUCCUGCGAAACAACCUUUGAUUGAGGAGUUAAAAGAGUUGUGGAUUGAAGGUGUGCUUACUUUUGAUGCAUCAACCGAACAAAUGUUUCGUAUGCAAGCGACAACAUUGAUGGGAACUAUAAAUGAUUUUCUAGCGUUAGCGAUUCUAUCUGGUUGGAGCACAAAAGGAGCACUAGCUUGUCCUUCUUGCAAUGUGGAAACCCAAUCUCUAUGGUUGAAGAACUUUAGGAAGUAUUGCUAUAUGGGCCAUAAACACUUCUUGGAUCAAGGACAUAACUUUCGAAAAGAUGCCAUAUCUUUUGAUGGAACUAUUGAAACUAGACCAAGGCCACUUCACUUGUCAGGAAGGGUGAAGAAAGGGGGAUAA